AUGUGUUCUGAUCAAUUAUAUGAUAUCUAUAUGCUAAAAUUUCAGACGAUCGAUGCGCUAACUGAUCUUAUCAGUGGGUUCUACUCAUUUUUGGAUAAAGCAAAAGAACCUUCACAACCUUGCAAGAUUUGGUGUUGUAAAAAUAAUUACGAACAACCCAGUACAUUAACUACAGAUGAGACCAUAGCUAUAUUUCCGAAAGCAAUUCAAGGAUUUAAAGAGCUAAUGAAUGCAGGUAUUAAAAGGCUUGCAACUACUGAAAAAUUUAAAUUUGCAACCUUAAAUAAUGCUUUCGAUAUGAGCGAUUAUGUUAACGCAAAAACUCAUGCUAAUUUUACAAUUAUAAAUGUUGGUGUUAUGGGAAAUUAUUCCAAUAAAUUUCAUGCUGCAAAAUUUAAUGAUAUUACUACUGUUGCUGUUGGUGGAAUUGCAAGCAAUCCUUUAUUAUCUUAUUCUUCAUUAAUUGGUGGGUCUAUUUUUACCUCAAUAGAAAUAUUUGAGUCUUUAUAUAUAUUAGGUUUACUAAAUAAUAGUUUAAUGCCUAAAUCUUUUCCCUUGGCUGGAAUGGAUAUUGCUUUUACUACGUAUGAAGC